GUAGGUGGAGAUGAUGGAGGUGUGCGGGUGCUGUCCGCUGCUGUUAGCUGCAGGAGUUUGUGCGCUGCUGCUGCUGCUGGUCUUCAUUGUGUCUGACAGGGAUUUUACGCUGCUGUGGGCGGAAAAAUGGGGCACUAAACCAGAAGUGGCUCUGAGAGGGAAGGUGGUGUGGAUUACCGGAGCAUCCAGUGGUAUUGGUGAAGAGUUGGCAUAUCAACUCGCUGCUGCCAGAGCUCGACUUGUCCUGUCUGCCCGCAGGGAGGCAGAGCUGGAGAGGGUGAAGCAAAACUGCUUAGAGCGCACUAGUCUAGAAGAAAAGGAUAUUCUUGUUCUUCCACUGGAUCUGCUGGACCGGGCGUCACAUCAGGAGAAAACCAAUGCUAUUCUGCAUCACUUCGGCAAUAUAGACGUGUUGAUUAAUAACGGUGGUCGUAGUCAGCGCUCUCUAUGCGUGGACACGGAUGUGGAGGUGUACCAGGGUCUGAUGGAACUCAACUUCAUCGGCACCGUGUCCAUCACCAGGCAGGUGCUGCCCCACAUGAUCCGUCAUGGCAACGGUAUCAUAGCAACUGUCAGCAGCAUCGUUGGGCUAGCUGGAGCUCCACUAUCCACCGGAUACUCGGCCAGCAAACACGCACUGCAGGGUUUCUUCAACUCCCUGCGGACAGAGCUGACCGAUUCUCCUGGAAUCACCAUCAGUACGAUCCUCCCUGGACCUGUUGUGUCCCAGAUUGUACAGAACGCUUUUACUGAGCACACAGACAAGCCGGUGUCCAGCGCGGGUGAUCAGACGCAUAAGAUGUCCACUGAGCGCUGUGUCCACCUCAUCAUGGCCGGACUGGCCAAUCGGGUGAAGGAGAUGUGGAUUGGUCAGCAGCCGUUUCUGCUCUUCUUCUACGUCUGGCAGUACACACCGACACUAGCGUGGUUCAUGACCAGCCUGCUGGGCAGAAAACGAGUUCAGAACUUUAAAGCUGGUCUGGAUGCAGACUCGGCGUACUUCACCAAACCCAAGGCCAAGACCACCUGAGACACUGUGCAGGUUACUGAGGCCUUUAAUUUCAAUUACAGCGGUCCACUUUUAAGUUAGUUUUUUAGGUAAUCGUGUACUGCUUCUACUAAACAGAGGCACCAACGUCAGCUCGAUGGACAGCUCUUCCACUGCUUGUACUACUUGGACUAGUUGGAUUGUGGAAAAUGUUGUUUCUUAAGGUGAAAGUGUAGCAAAAAGUAAAGUUAGUGGUGUAUUUUUAUACUGAUUGAGGGUUUAAAUUGACCUUAUCCUGCUACUCUGAAGAUGUUUGGAGAAUGUGCAUCCUGUUAUGCAAAGCUGAAUUGUCCAAAACUUUAUCUGUUCAAUACAAAACUCUUUAUUGAUGCAAAAUUAGUGACUGUUUUGUUAAAUCAAUACUAACUGAUUAUAUACAACACUGCCUGGCUAAUAAAAAAAGUCUGCACCUGGA